AUGGAGGGGUCAUUUAAGGACUUCGAAUUGCCACCUCAACACCGCUGCAGGACUGCAUGGACUUCCAACGCAGAAAGGGCUCGAGGCGAGGUGGAAGCGACAUUUGUUUCCACAGUGAACAAAUCCAGGACGAAUUCUAAAGGCGUGGCACCUCGCUGCUCAGAUGUCAGAACGUCGGUGUCCAGGUCGCACAGUUCAGGUCUUUCCAGUAAUUCCCGCGUAUAUGCACCCCAUACAAAACAUAGUGGCGCGCGCGGAGCCUUUUCACUGCCUGGAGACGUCACCCAGCCGCCCCCUGUUGAGGCCAGGCGGCGCACUCAAACAAAACUUGGAAACGGAAUUCGGUUGCGUGUUGCAGGUAGAAAACCCACUGAGAGGGACAUGAAUAGUAGGGACGAGCGAAACAUGGUAACGACACCCAGGUUGAACACUGAUGCAGGAAGCGUGUCGGGCAGUGACGGAACGAGCAGUAGUCCUUCGUUAGAGAGAAUUAGUGAUUAUGGUUGCAAUGGAAGUGGACCUGUUUGCAGUUCGCCUAGAUCGGGUGUGGUUCAAUGUGUGGAAGAAGAAGCAUUUGCAGAUGAGGAUAGAGCCAGUACCCCCGAGCCGUCCAGGUAUAAGCGACUUACGAUAGAAGAGCGGCUUCGCAUUAUUGAGGAGAAACGCGACAAACGACUUGAGAGGGCACGCCAGAAGUUUGUUGCCUUGCGUGCAACAGUCGUGGCUCCACGGCCCCACACCCUGACGCGCGUCCGUAUGGGGAACUUCAAGGCUGUCGGUUUUUAUGAAAGCCGAAGGACUUACGAGGGAAACUCACCUCAUCUUGCCCUCGAGGAUAAACCAGUGGCUCGUUCCUGUAGUGUUCCCUUACAACGCAAAUCCACUGGUGUUUCUUCAGGAAAUUUCGGAGGGGCUCCCACGUCGCCGCGCGCACCGGACUCGCACGAAGUGCGACGCCAUGAAUUCCUUAGUGGGGAACGAUGUGAUGAUGGCGAUGAUAAUGAAAGCAGCGGGUCCGCCCUUUCUAUUGAUAAAGAUGAUUGA